CCACCCUCAGCCUCAGCAUCACCACCACCACCACCAUCACCACCACCACCAGCUCCUCAACCACCCUCAGCCCCACCACAGAGCCGUGCAGGAGGACGACGAGCUGGACAAAAGUCUCCUGGAGGUCAAGACGAGCUGGCUGUGGGGGAUUCAGACAAGGAUAAGCCCGAGGAGAAGAAAGGAGACGGUGCUGGGGCCAAAGAUGGGGAGGCUGGUAAGGAGGGCGAAAAGAAGAACGGCAAGUAUGAGAAGCCCCCCUUCUCCUACAAUGCCCUCAUCAUGAUGGCCAUCCGCCAGAGUCCGGAGAAGCGCUUGACCCUCAAUGGGAUCUACGAGUUCAUCAUGAAGAACUUUCCCUACUACCGGGAGAACAAGCAAGGCUGGCAGAACUCCAUCAGGCACAACCUCAGCCUGAACAAGUGCUUUGUCAAGGUGCCUAGGCACUACGAUGAUCCUGGCAAAGGGAACUACUGGAUGCUGGACCCCAGCAGCGAUGAUGUCUUCAUUGGUGGGACCACUGGUAAGCUGCGCAGGAGAUCCACCACGUCCAGGGCUAAGCUGGCUUUCAAGAGAGGGGCCAGGCUCACCUCCACUGGACUGACCUUCAUGGAUAGAGCCGGCUCCUUGUACUGGCCUAUGUCCCCUUUCUUGUCUUUGCAUCACCCAAGGGCCAGCAGCACUUUGAGCUACAAUGGGACAACCUCAGCAUACCCAAGCCACCCCAUGCCCUACAGUUCAGUGUUGACUCAAAACUCUUUGGGGAACAACCACUCCUUUUCUACGUCCAAUGGCUUGAGCGUAGACAGACUUGUCAAUGGGGAGAUACCCUAUGCCACCCACCAUCUCACAGCCGCUGCCCUGGCUGCCUCAGUGCCAUGCGGGCUACCAGUUCCUUGCUCUGGGACCUACUCCUUAAACCCUUGCUCUGUGAACCUUCUAGCUGGACAAACGGGCUACUUUUUCCCCCACGUUCCCCACCCUUCCCUAACUUCCCAAAGCAGCACGUCCAUGACAGCCAGGGCUGCCUCUUCUUCCACCUCUCCCCAGGCUCCUUCCACCCUUCCCUGUGAGUCUCUCAGACCUUCUUUGCCAAGUUUUACCACGGGACUAACGGGAGGACUGUCUGACUACUUUACACAUCAAAAUCAGGGCUCAUCUACCAACUCUUUGAUACAUUAA